AUGGAGCCUGCUGGGCCUUCCCCAGAUGAUGAGGCAGACGAAUGUUGUGCGAUCUGCUUCGAGCCUGGCGUCUUCGUAGAUUUGCCAUGCUCCUGCUCCGUGAAGUACUGCAGCUCUUGCUGGGAUCGCGCACUGGCAUCGUCUGUAGCACUGAGGGGCCGAGCCCACUGCCCUUCGUGUCGCUCUGCUUUCAAGGUGGACUACGACACCGAGAGAGGCGGCCUGCUCUUGUCGCGGGAUCCGCAAGGCAAUGCGUCUUGCGACUGGAGAACACAGCUUUAUGAAAAGGUGCGGUCGGUGCAGAUCAAUAAGCUCCGUGGCUUCGGCGCCGCCGCCUCAAGGAGAACAGGCCCUAACAGAGGAUGUGGAUGUGAAGUUCAGCCGCGCUGUGUCUGCGGUGCUGAACUCGAGCACAUCAGUAGUCGUUCACGCAUUCUUAGACUACUAGAAGACAUGGAACCGGGCUGGCGAUCGCGAGUGGCUCAAGCAGAUGAGAUGGUCGAAAGGCUUCUCGACAGUUCGCUGGUGACUUGCGACCUGUGCGACCAAGUCGCGAUCCGUGCCAAGGGCGUGUGGACCUGCAAAGCCGGGCCUCACACCGUCAUGCACCCGGCGGCAUACGACGUGUGUGAGUCUUGCUUCGAGGCCUACUCGGGAAUGGCGAUGCCGUUGCCGGGACAUGUACAGAA